AGUGGUGUUUGCGGUCUUCUAUACGCUCGGUAAUAUAAUAUCAAUGGCGAGUACCUGCUUUCUUAUGGGACCAGUUAAUCAAAUCAAGAAAAUGUUCUCAUCUACACGCUUAAUAGCCACUUGCAUUGUGCUUGCAUCGAUAGUUAUGACCUUCAUAGCUGCAAUUGUGCUCCAUAAAGCCGGCUUGACAUUAAUUUUCAUUAUCAUUCAAUCGUUAGCUAUGACCUGGUAUUCACUUUCAUACAUCCCAUAUGCUCGUGAUGCUGUGAAGAAAACCAUCUCCGCUUGCCUAGAUGUGUAAAACUGCUAUAAUGUGGCAAUUUUAUGUUCUACUAAUCGCUGCAUACACAACAAGCAUAGUAGGUACAUACAUACAUAAGUACAUAA